AUUCCGAUAGUAGAACUGAUAACAAAAAUUUUAUCAAUUGAUUAUUUUUUUUUGUUGACUGUACAGAGUGAAGUUGGACAAAGUGGGAAUUUGAUGAUUCAACAGUGAUAGUGAAGUGAUGUGAUGUGGUGAUCACGUAUUGAUGCCAUAAACUGUUGAUGAUUGUUGCCUACUGUUUUAAAAAUACUAUGGUGAUGCUGUCGAGGCGUUCAUACACAGUGAGCUCUCGACUGAAGACGACACACAACAGUAAAUGCGGUGGAAGAUGCUAGCACCAGCUGCCAAGCGUAAAAUAAACUCAACACGUGCAUGACCGUGGCUCGACAGAGGCAGCAAUGCAAGAGAUAUGCAACACCGCAUUGCCGCUGGAUACUAACCCGUUAGUACGUAAAAUAAAAUGCGAAGAUUUCCCUGUAAGAGGAAAACAACCCGCAAUUGGCAUGGGAGUGCGAGAUGAAAUGGAAGAGGAGUUUGCGGUGAAGGCGAGAAACACGCCGCCUAUGGGUCCAGCACAAGUUCAGGACCAUCGCAUGGAGCAUGGAGGAAACGGCUUUUGGUUAGCGGCGGUUACAGCGGCCGGCGCACCACAUCCAAUGCUGGAAACUUGCACGGAGACCGGCUUCAUUAACAGCCAACCUUCGAUGGCAGAGUUUAUGACUGCUCUUCCGCAGCUAGGCGGUGGUGAACUCAGUCCGCAGCACACACCUCCUGGAUACGGACCUGAUCUGCCAUCGCCAGGUGGUGGACUCAACGUGCCCGAAUAUCCGUGGAUGAAAGAGAAAAAGACCACACGAAAGAACAGUCAACAAGAAAAUGGCCUUCCGCGCAGACUUCGAACAGCUUACACGAACACGCAGUUACUAGAAUUAGAAAAAGAAUUUCAUUUCAACAAAUACUUGUGUAGGCCGAGACGAAUAGAGAUCGCUGCAUCGCUUGACCUUACAGAGAGGCAGGUCAAAGUAUGGUUUCAAAACAGACGUAUGAAGCACAAACGACAAACUUUAAGUAAAAGUGAAGAUGGAGAUGACAAGGACUCGACAACUUCUGAAGGAGGAAAAAGCAAAACAGGACUUGAAAAAUUCGUUGAAGAUGAUGGGCCUUUAUCUGGAAAGAAAAGCUGCCAAGGUUGUGAACUACCUCCAGGUGCAUUAUGUUCCCCGACUGAAGACUUGCCCGAAUUAGCAUCCCGAACACGAAAUAAUAAUACGCCUAGCGCUACUAAUAAUAAUAGUUUUGCGAGCGACGGUGCAUCCAGUGUUGCAUCAUCAUCUUCUCUCGACAAACUCGUUGAAGAAGAUUCAAGAGACUCGCAUCCUCCUAAUAUACCCUCAGCACCCAGAAACUUAACAAAAAGAAUCAAACAAGAAUCUAGAAAACGUUCACCAUCUUUAGACACAAUUAGCAAAGUUUCACCAUCCUCAUCGAAAGAAGGACUAAUCGGAAUUGCUGGCUUAGGUGACAAUGGAAAAUUUUCUUCAGUAAACCUAACGCCGUCAUCCACGCCAGGCACACCUUCAAGCAUGCAUCAAAGUCCCUUGGGUCACUAUCCACGUCCUUCACCCCCUAAUUUACCAUCAGGACCACCGCAUACGCAAGCAGUGCCCAACGCAAUACCGCCUUACGUUAUAAGGGGUAAUGCACCUCCUGGGCAAUUCGUACCUCAUCCAGAUUUUCGCAUGGAUAGCAAGCAAUUCGUGGGAAAAUUAGCCCAGUAUUCUCAAGGGGGCAGAACAUAUGAAGCGUACGGAUCAACUCUGCAAGGCGAUCAACAUAUUUAUCCACGCAAUCAUCCGAAUGCAAGACAAGAGGCGACACCCUCUGGAAGAUCCUCAAACGGAGUAAGUUCAAGACAGAACUACCCGCACGAAAUAUAUCAGAAUUAUGGUUAUACAAACUAUAGCAAGGAGCAGGCUGGAUAUGGACAUCACGGAUAUGAUCAAGCUCAAGGAUACCCCAGUGAACAUGGAAUGGCAUAUGCUAAUAGUCAUUACGGAUAUCACUAUCAUGAAGGGCAAAGUGAAGCUGCUCAUGGGUAUUAUACAAGUGACGGACAGAAAGCAAGCCAUGGUGCAGAGUAUGGCAAAGGUUCUUAUUACGAUGCCACCGGAUACUCAGGUCAAGUUAGUGCAGCGGCUGCUGCAGCGUACUCCUCUAGUGGUGUUCAGUCUGCGGCAGAACCUUACACCGGCCCAAAUGAAUGUAGUGACACGUAUAGUUCCUUCCAACAGUUCUAUGAGGCGUCCCAUGCGACACCGACACCUGGCGAAAAUUCAAAUUCCUCUUCAGAUUUCCAUUUCCUUAGCAACCUGGCUAAUGAUUUCGCUCCUGAAUAUUACACUAUUUGAGAUAAGGUUUUCGCCGAAGAGGCGAGCAAUCUAUUUGUGUGACAUUGUUAAGGUUUAGUUGCACAAAAUGUUUAAUACUGUUAUGUAAAUAAAAACGGUUAUAAAAUAUAAGAAUAGGAAUACAAAAGGAGACGGUGUUAUCAAAAACAUCGCCAAAAGCAUUUCUAAUGUUUAUCUCUUCUUUCCUAUGGUUCAUAUUAGGUAUAGUAAAGUAUGACAUUAAACCUCUCCACACAUUGUAAGUUAAUGUAAUUAAUUGUAAAUACACUUAUUUAACUUAUAGUUUAAAAUUCAAUAGCUAUUAAUAAAUACUCAUUUUAUCUCAAUACACAUGUUUAGAAAAACGUUAUAAUUUAGUUAUCUAAUGCAACAAAAACAAGGUAAUAUUAGCUCUACAUAUAAGUUAAAAAACUAGCAUAUUCGAAACAGUGAAUGAUCUCAAUAAAAUUAAAUAUUCGAUUACAUAACCAUAGCAUCAAAAAUGACGCAUUUACAGUGUCAUUUAAAUUUAAAUUGUAAAUUAAAUAUUAGACAGGUAAUACCUAAUUCGGUUUCAAAUAAUUUUCGACAUUAAGAUAUUUUUAAUGAAAUUAAGGAAUAGUCGUUGCCUUAUUUAGUUAAUAUUGUUUCAUGACUG